UGAAAGCUACCCUCAGGAUGAGAGCAAGGCAGCUGGUGUGUGGAAUUUGGAGUCUGUGUUUCCUGUUCUGCCUUUUCUGCAUCUUUCUUCACCAAACAACAGCUAAAAGAAAACUGAAGUUUGUGUCUAUAGUAUUUUGCCACGGUGAUCACACCCCACAGGAGUUUUUUCCAACUGACAAGCACAAAGAAGUUGCAAGGCAGCAGGGAUAUGGACAGCUUACCAAGCUUGGCAUACAGCAACAGUAUGAGCUUGGCCAGUACUUGCGGAGGAGAUACUCUAAUUUUCUGAGUGUUGUAUACAAGCAGUGUGAGAUUUAUGUUCAAAGCACGGACUGUGAUCACACGCUUAUGAGUGCUCAGGCGAGUCUUGCUGGGCUGUACCCACCAACACAGGGCCAGGUUUGGAACCCCAGAAUCCUUUGGCAGCCAAUUCCAGUUCACACGGUACCACUGUCACAUGAUAAUUUGCUAUACUUACCUUUCUCACACUGCCCAAAAUACAAUGAGCUUCUGAGAGAAACCUUUGCAACAAGAGAUUUCCAAAGGCAGCUCAAGCAGUACAGGCCAUUUCUGAAGUUUUUAGCCACUCAUACAGGAUACCCAUUGAAGAAGUUGAACAGUGAAAGAAUUUGGAAACUCUCUGACACUUUACAAUAUGAGGAUAUUAACAAUUACACUUUACCUGUUUGGGCUACUCAUGGUGUCAGGACCAAGCUGAUAAAGCUCUUGGAAUUGUUACUGCAGGCGGAAUUUGGGUUCCACAAACAAAUAAAAAAAUCACGUUUGCAGGGAGGUAUUCUUUUAAAAACUAUUCUAAAGCAUAUUUCAGAUGCUAGAAAGUCUUCACACCGGCAAAAAAUGGUUAUGUAUUCAGCGCAUGCAGCCACCAUUGUUGCCUUACAGAUGGCACUCAAUGUCUUCAAUGGGAAAUUGCCUCCUUACAGUGCCUGUCAUUUUUUUGAACUUUACCAGGAAAAAAAUGGGCAAUACACCAUAGAAAUGUACUAUCGGAAUAAUUCUUUGAGAGAUCCUCACCCCCUCACUCUCCCUGGCUGCAAAUUUCGCUGUCCACUGGAGAGAUUUACUCAGUUGGUCUCCCCGGUCCUAGUACACCAUUGGACAAGAGAAUGUAGGAUGUAGGACAUAAAA